AUGGCAUCAGUUACGCAAAUUACGGAGGGGCUUAAAGGAUUGGGCUUGGCUCAACCUGAGGCCAUGCCAGCUUCGCUCCCUGAAUACAAUGUUUACGAUGUUAUGCGUAACUACAUUACUGAUGAAUUGCACCGCAUCACCAAGAAGGACAAACUGAUCAUCUUCUCGGCUCUCGACACUACCAAUGUCUUGGAAAAGGGUGACUUCAUUAUGCCCGUUCCUCGUUUGAGAUUGGAAAAGGGUACCGAUCUCAAGGAAAAGGCCACCGAAUGGGCUCAAGAAUUCAACAAGGGCGAGUUUCUCAGUCAAGUCGUUGCCAACGGUACUUUCCUUCAAUUCUACUUCAACAAGAACUUAUUGUUCCCUGUCGUUAUCAAGGAUGUCUUGAAGCGGGGUAAGGACUAUGGCUACCUCCCCUUGGCCGAGGGUAAGAAGGUGAUUGUUGAAUUUUCCUCGCCAAACAUUGCCAAGCCUUUCCACGCUGGUCACCUCAGAUCGACUAUCAUUGGUGGUUUCCUUGCCAACCUUUACGAAACUGCUGGUUGGGACGUUACCCGUAUCAACUACCUCGGGGACUGGGGUAAGCAAUUCGGGUUGUUGGCUGUGGGUUUCGAAAAAUAUGGUAGCGAAGAGGCUCUUGUGGCCGAUCCUAUCAACCACUUGUUCGAAGUUUAUGUCAAGGUGAACAAGGACAUUGAGACCGAAGGUGAAAACCUGGCCACCAAUGAAGCCGCUAGAGCGUACUUCAAGCGUAUGGAGGAUGGUGACGAAGCUGCUUUGGCUAUCUGGAAGAGAUUCCGUGAAUACUCCAUUGAAAAAUACAUUGACACUUAUGCUCGUCUUAACAUUAAGUACGAUGUCUACCUGGGUGAAUCGCAAGUCCUGCAAGAAGCCAUGAAGAAGGUUAUUGAUCAAUUCAACGAAAAGGGCCUCAUUCACGAAGACCGUGGAGCUAAGUUGAUCGAUUUGACUAAGUUCAACAAGAAGUUGGGUAAAUGUCUUGUGCAAAAGAGUGACGGUACUUCUUUGUACCUCACCCGUGAUGUUGGUGAAGCCAUCAAGCGUAAAGAAUUGUACAAGUUCGACAAGAUGAUCUAUGUCAUUGCCGCUCAACAAGACUUGCACACUGCUCAAUUUUUCGAAAUUCUUAAGCAGAUGGACUACCCUUGGGCUAAAGACUUACUUCACGUUAACUUCGGUAUGGUGCAAGGGAUGUCGACCAGAAAGGGUACCGUCGUGUUCUUGGACAAGAUUCUUGAAGAGACCAAGGAAAAGAUGCAUGAGGUUAUGAAGAAGAACGAAGCCAAGUACGCUCAAAUUGAAGACCCCGAAAAGGUUGCUGACCUCAUUGGGUUGUCGUCGGUCAUCAUGCAAGACCACUCGGCCAAGCGUAUUAACAAUUACGAAUUCAACUGGAAUCGUAUGUUGCUGUUCGAAGGUGACACUGGUCCUUACUUGCAGUACGCUCACUCGAGAUUAUGCUCCAUGCAAAGAAAGUCGGACAUCACCGAAGAAGAAAUGUUGAAUGCCGAGUUUAACCUUUUGGUCGAACCGUGCGCCGAGAACCUUGUGCGGACUAUUGCAAAGUGGCCCGAGGUUAUCAAGCGGGCUUUGACCAACCACGAGCCCCUGACCAUUGCUACCUACUUGUUCGAUCUUUCGCACAUUGUUUCGUCAUGCUACGAUAUAUUGUGGGUUCACGGUCAGGAACGCGACGUGGCUACGGCUAGAUUGGCGUUGUACAUGGCGGCGAGACAAGUGUUGAACAACGGUUUGAGACUUUUGGGUAUCACUCCGGUGGAAAGAAUGUAA